AUGGGGCGCUAUAACGUGUUGUCGCCCAUAUUGGCGAUGAGAUGGGUUACUUUGAUCUGCCUGCUUUGUGACUGUUUAUCUUAUGCACUCGCUGUCAAUCAUGAGACGCGUUUUCGACUUCCAGAUGAAGCUGAUACCACCUCCACGAACGCUAAUUCCCUCCGGCCCCGAGCCGACUCAAAGCCCUUCACUCUCCGUAUCAUGCCCUUGGGUGCAUCCAUUACUGCCGGCUACGGAACCACUUUAAGUCGGGGUUAUCGCAAACCCCUCCGGGACCAGCUGCGUUUCGAAGGGUGGCCUGUCAAUAUGAUCGGAAGUCAACGCAGCAAUGAGACAGAGACGUUCCAUAACAAUCAACACGAAGGCCACGGUGGCCACACAGUUAGUGAAACCAUUGAUGACUCGAAUGGCAGCCUGUACCGCAAGCCUAACCUGAUUCUCAUCAACUGCGGCACCAACGACGUUCCCCUCAGCACAUGGGAGACUACUGGAACAAGGAUGCAAGGCGUAAUAGACCAUCUAUUCAACGAGGUUGACGGGGUUACCAUUAUCCUAUCAACCGUCGUCCCGCGACUAGACGGUAGUGAGAACACCAGGCGCAGCGAAGUUAUCAGCGAACAGUACCGCAAACUGGUUAUAGAUAAUGCUGCAUCGGGCAGGAAGAUCCUUCUCGCGGAUCUUGACGACGUGCUGGACCCCGGGUCGGAUUAUCACGACGAUCUUCACCCAAACGAUAUCGGUGCCGCUAAGUUUGCUGCAGUUUGGGAUAAGGCCAUUCUUGAGGCCGAGAAUAAAAAUUUUCUUACUACACCAAUAGAUACUGGAAUUCCUGAUGUUAGCAUUGAUGGUGACGACGACACGGACGGCCGCUGCCCCGUCGUUCGCGGAGCUCUACGCGGACCGGUUAGAACGCAGUCAGGCUGGGGAUACGACGACGGCACAUAUGCCCAUAAGGAUGCACCGGUUGAGGGGCUCGCCACUAAAAAUAGCAUUUGGGACUCCAAGAGAGAUAACGAAUCAGACAUAUAUUUUGCUCAGCUGGUUAAUGGGGGCAAUGCCGACUUCGGCGACUAUCUCGACGAGCUUAUUGUCUGCACGGAGGGCCCGAACCAUGACGGGGCAGGAUGUUCUUUCCUUACGAACACAGAUGGCUCGUACGAUAAGAGUGACCUCCGGAAAUUGGAACUUGGUCUGUUUUGUCAUUUGAGAGGACUCCAUUUCGGCGACAUCAACGGAGAUGGUCUCGACGAUGUAAUCUGCAUCAAUUUAGAAGCGAAGAUGUAUGCGGCUAUUAACAAAGGCGGCAACCCUCCUACCUUUGACGUCCUUCCCGACGGGGGUCUCAUCCGGGGAGCUGGUAAUGAUCAGACCUGCGAUUCCCAGAACCAGGUCAGACUGGGUGAUAUGGACGGCGAUGGGCGCCUGGACUACUGCUGUAUUGACGGCAAAGGUGACAUUUACUGCUGGCGCAAUGGUGGCUCAGGUAGAGCCCCAGUCGCCAAAGAGAACGGUUAUUGGCAGGAACUUGUUGGCGGAGCCACCUUCAAGGCCAAGGGAGAGACCCAAGGCAUCGAUGGAGUGCGUUUCGUCGAUAUCAAUGGUGAUGGCCGAACCGACUGGGUCUACCUCCAUAAUGACGGAACUAGCGAUAUCUAUGUCAACCAGCGUGGGAGCAUUAGUGAAGACGGCAAAGGCCUUGCACCUCAUUGGGCGAAGGCGUCAUCGACACACACCGCGUAUAAAGAGAUUGAUUACCGGCACAACUUCUACUUUGGUCGAGUGAAACCCAGAUCAUUCCGGGCAGAUGGUGGUCCCACUAGGGCUGACCGAAUCAUCCUGCAUAGAAUAGGAUUCCACGAAGUUGACGAAUCUUACUCGGCAGACCUCAAAAUUCAGACUAAUCUAGGCGUUGGGGGCACAAAGCUUAAAGGAGAUGGUGUUUUCUACUGUGAUAUGUUUGGAAGCGGCAGCGACGACUACCUCUGGGUGCUUUCGACAGGCGCCAUAACCCUGUUCCAAAACAUCCACUCCCCGCCUGCGUGGGGUCCCCUUGGAGAGAUCAUCGACAUCAAGAGAGAUCGAAAAAGCAUUCAUUUUGGUGACUGGGACGGUGACGGAAAAUGCGACAUCCUCGCGGUUGAGCGGCACACCGGCCGUGUUGAGUGGUGGCGAAAUCUCCAUAAGACUGGCGAUAAGGUGCCAACCUUCGCUGGUCCUCAAUGGGCUGUCGAUACCGCCUAUGACCACCGGUGUAUUGAAGGCUGGGGUAAUGGUGUUUACGACUAUGGCCUUGAAUUUGCCGAUCUUGAUGGAGACAAGAGGGUCGACUAUAUAUGUAUGGAGAAAAACAUGCGUGUCUUCGGUACCUUGAAUAAGGCGGGAGAGCUUCAAUGGAAGGACCAGAUAAAGCUUGCCCCCGAUAACGGUACUCUUGAUCGAGCCAAUUUCAAGUGGGCUGAUGUCGACGGCGACGGCAAGGCUGAUUUGAUAUGGGUUGAUAAGUUCGACGGCAAGGGACGCCUCUGGACAAACGGUGGAUUUACACCAGCUGCCGGCAGCAGCAUGACCUGGGACUAUCAAGGCUUCCGCUUUGAUGGUCACGGCCGUGGGCAGAACAUUCAUUUCUCAGAGAUCGGAACCAGCGGCCGCGCUGAUUACCAUGUUGUUUGGCCUGAUACAGCCAUAUCCGACACCUAUUUUAACGAUUGUUCGCGCCAAGGCGAGGGUCAGGAUGACUACCCGGAGCCCUUCGACCCCAACCUCCCUACUCUUCCCGGUGGCAGUGUUGGUACUGGUGACUUCCCUACAGAUCGGUUGGACUACGCCAAGUCCGAGUAUCAGGGCAUCUAUUGGGAUGUAAGUCAAGCCGUUCUGCGAAGUGUUGGCAGACCCCUUUGUGGAUUUGAACUAACUGGAGACCCAGCGCGUGACCAAAGGAUGUACAGGGGGUGA